CCAGCGGAGUUGUUGUAAUAAUGCCUCAGUGCAGUGUCCCUUGCUGCUCUAACCGAUCAGAGACAAAAACAGCCACUAAACUAUCGUUCUACAGAUUUCCUCCCAACAACAAAGACAAGAAGAGAUGGCUGCAGUUAAUAGUUAAGUUACCAUUCAAGAAAUACAUAGAAAAUCGAAGUUUAGCGCUAACGCUAACCCUUGUUCAGAGUUUGCAGACUAGCUACCCUCGGUGUUAUCGAAACUACCGUGACAUACUAGACAUAUAUUUCUAUUUUUAGUUCAGUCAACCGACUACAAAAGUACCAUCCGCCUCGAGGAUCAAUAUAUGUGCUUUCCUUAUGUUUUCUCUGCUCAGCAAAGCUGUAAUCAGCGUGUAGUGGAGGGUAAACAGCAUCGUUACCCACAUCUGUAUUUACUACUACAACCCUGUCUGUAAAGAGAUUAUAUCAGUUACUGUAGGUAUUAUGUCAGGCUGAUUAUGUCAUUAUUUCAGCUACACACCAGGACAAUCUGCAUUAUCUUAAGCAUUGCCAAAUGUUCAAAUUUCUAGGUCUUCCCCUGACUCUCUCGGUAUACAAAUGGAACCAAAUGAACCCACAUUUGGUUCCAUUUGUAUACUGUUAGAGUUACAGACUUGUAUGGGUCGAUUUAGACCCUCAUAAAAGUCCCUAGGAUCCACUUAGACAACCACUGACUAAUACAGUCUGUAGGGUAUACUAUGCUGAUAUAACUUAUACAAUCUUUAUGGUAGAGUAUGUUAACACAAUGCAAAUUAUUCAAUUUUGAUAGUUAAUGUUGUCUCCCUUUUAUUGAGACAUUUAGAUUGUGUCAAAGGUAAUGUCUCCACCAGAAACAGGAUCUGAGUCUGACACCAAUCUUGACCAGAUGGUCAAGAUUACAUUUAUCCCCUGAGUGAGCAGGAUGGCUCUUUUAGGUCAAUGGUAAAAAUAAUGCCAGUGCUUGUGCAGUAAACAAUGGUUCAAAUCCAUUGCAGCUGAGGAAAGUAACAGUGCAGCUUUAAGUUUUCAUUGCCAGUAAUUUGCUACACUGUAAUUGUUGUGCACAAAACUAACACAUUUGAAAUAUCUUGUCCCCUUUCUAUUUACAGGCGUGACGACUUUACCCCAAACUGCAACUCAAGGGUGUGCAGUUGGCAUUUCCCGGAUGGCAAAGCUGCUGGCCCAUCAAGGUUUGCUUGGAACGAGGGGAAGACUUUCCCAGGUCACCUCAGCCAUCCACCCGAAAAGAAGAAAAAAGUGGUCCCACUCCCUACCAGUGGUGAAGAUGAAGGGACAAAUGAACUUGAACUACACAAUGCUGACAUAGCAACUGCAGAGACCCCUAGUACUUCAGAGAACCCUUCUACUACAAACAGUGUUGAGGUGCUUGAGAUAGAGGUUGAUAUGUUGAGAAGAGAGAACGAGAAAUUGAAAAAUGAAUUGGAGAAACAAAAACAAACCUUUUCCUUCAGUCAAAUAUCUUCCAAUUCUGACAAAGUACGAUAUUUCACUGGCUUACCUGAUGCUGCUACCGUCCUGUUUUUGGAAACACUUUUAUCUAAGUUUGAGCUAAAAUAUCAUUCUGAUUGGACAGUCCAGUUUAUGCCACUAGUUGAUCAGUUGCUCCUGACCUUGAUGAAGCUUAGACUUAAUUGUGGUCAUUUAGACCUUGCAACCAGAUUUAAUUGUAGCACAGCCACAGUAACCAACAUUUUUCUCACUAUUGUCAGUGCCCUGUAUGACAUUUUGUAUGUUGGUAUGCUUGAGAACAACAUCCCCUCCACAGCCAAGAACCAGACAUCACUGCCAGAGUGUUUCCGUCCAUUUCCUAAUUGUAGGAUUGUGCUCGAGUGCACAGAGGUUGCUGUCUCCAAGACAGAGCGGCUUGACACACAGAGUCAUCUAUACAGCCAGUACAAAGGACGGACCACACACAAGACUUUAAUAGGUGUGGCUCCUAAUGGAGUGAUUACAUUUGUCAGUGACUAUUAUGGUGGGAGUGCCUCAGACAAGGCAAUAACAGCAGAUUCUGGAGUUCUCAACCAUCUAAAACCAGGUGACAUGGUGAUGGCAGACAAAGGCUUCACAAUCCGGGACAUCUUGCCGGAAGGGGUUUCGCUGAACAUCCCUUCUUUCCUUGUAAAUGGACAGUUCACACAAGAAGAAGUGAAGAAAAACAAACUUAGCUCCAGUGCUAGGAUCCAUGUGGAGCGCUCCAUUCGGAGGUUGAAAUUAUUUAGCAUUUUGGACAAUAUCCCACAUCAGUUCACCAAAAACAUUAACAAGAUACUGAAAGUGUGUGUGUGUCUUACCAACCUGCAAACACCAGUUCUCUGUGAAAUUGCAUGACAUGGCUGAAUAUGACUUGAGAAAAAUGUACGCAGAAUCAGAUUCAUGUCUUAACCUUCAAACAUUUAAUAAAGUGACACUGCAUUAAGAA